AUGUCGGUAUCUUCUACAGUGAACGGUCAAUCGUCCCCGCUGACAACGCGGCUAUACGCGCCCACCCCCAACACCAGUGACUACCAGUGGACUCAAGAUAAUUCAGUUCUUACUACAACGAAUUCGCAAUGGAGUGAGGCGCCGCCCCCUGAAUAUAAAGUGUAUCCGAUGGCUAACUUCACUGAUGCCAACGGUGGUCUCAUGAAUUCCAAGAUGAACAUCGUCUCAUCCACAUCUUAUUACAACGGGCAAGACAUUAACAAUACAUUUUUACCAACUUGUCAAAGAGAUAUAUUGAACACAAACGGAAUUUGUGGUAAUAACCCAAUCAGACCUCCUUUACUGGGGGUCAUGAAUACACCGAUAAUGGUUCCUUGUCAGAGAAAUGGCCCCAGUAUUCCUCAACGUAAUUGGAACUCUCAUGGGACUACUGAGAGGUACAACAGGCCUAUUUGGGUACCACCGAAAGCAGCAAACGGUGUAAAGAAGCAUAAACGUGUAAGAACAGCUUUCACAAGUCACCAAAUGAUGGAACUGGAACAGGAAUACGCACGAACCAGAUAUUUAGACCGAGCUCGUCGCAUUGAACUAGCGGAAACUCUAGUGCUGAAUGAACGCACGAUAAAGAUCUGGUUUCAGAACAGGAGGAUGAAAGAAAAGAAGGACAGAGCUGAGAAUUAUGAUGAUUCAGAAGAGCCGAGCACUACUGAUUCGUCACCAGAAAUGAUCAGUAAAGUCAUGCCAGUACACACGCAUGAACACUUUUCAAUGCAAUGUAACGCUCCUAAUGGUGUUUACCACCAAGGUUCCAAUUACUACGUGGAACAAUAUCCAUCAACCCCUAUUACCUUAAUGCCUCAGUUACCUAUGUAUCAAAUGAAUAUACCUCAAGAACCUCAACGUAUGGUACAAGAGAGCUAUCCCAUUAGUGGUUUAGACAGUAAUGUAGAUGUGGGAUUGAAAUUUGAACCACUCCAGCCUAAUUUAUUAAAAACUGAACCGUUUGAGCCGUGUGAAUCUAACGAAACUUACUCACUGGACGGGUCUCCGGCACACUCAGAUAUAUCUGCUAUUGACUCAGGUAAAAGCGACAUCAACGAGCAAAAUUGGGAUUUGUCUUGGAUUAAAAGUAUCAACUUUCAAGAUGAAGCUUAA